UGUUGAGGACCCAAAGACACUUUCUCCUUAUACAUUUUUCUGAACACUUGCCAGUCCCCUGUACUCAGAGUCUUACUUUGGGAUUCAAGAGAAAAAAAAUAUAAUUCAACAACACACAUCAUCUCAGGCAUGGCAUCAGCUAGCAAUCCCCAGUCUGAAAUGCAGUUAGUUUGCUAUAUCUGUAAGGAGGUGUUCAAGAAACCAGUCACAACCCCAUGUGGGCACAACUUCUGCAUGGAUUGUAUCAGCAAAUACUGGAGAAUCAAUGUCCUGUGCCAGUGUCCACUGUGCAUGAAGACAUUCCCUAAAAGAUCAGAGCUAAAAGUCAAUACUCAAUUAUCUAAAAUUGUUGCAGAGUUCUGGUAUCCAUUUCUAGGAAAUGACACAAGCCCCCAGGACCAAUGCCUGGACCAAUCUAGAGAGGUGUCCCAUGAUGUCUUUGUUGGGAGGGAGGUCAAGGCUGUCAAUUCUUCUUUUGAGGCCUCUUACUGUGAGACUCCCCUGGAGCCCAAUCAGAGAGUCGCAACCUUGAGGAGACAACAGCAUGUAGAGAAUGUUGAAGAACAAAUGUGUGAAAGGCUUGGGAGAUGUCUGGAGUUCAAGACCGACUACAAUACCCACAGCACUGUCCCUCUUCAAGUGGAAACCAGAAAGAAUAAGGUUCAGCUGGGAGUGCAGCAGAUGAUUCAGAGCAGACAGCAGAAAGUUAUUGAGAUCAGAAAUACACUACAAUCUAGCAGAAUAAAUGCAGAGCAAGAGGUAGAGAACAGUUGUCAGAUCUUUAGAGCUUUAAUACGCUCCAUUGAAAGAAGCCAGGCUGAGCUCAUUGAGGUGAUUUUGGAAAAGCAAAAGGAAGCCGAAAGGCUGGCUGAAAGGCUCAUUACAGGGCUGGAGCAGGAAAUCACUGACCUAAAACUCCUCCAGAGCUCACCAUCCCUGUGCACCUCUCCACCCACCAAGGACUGGUCUGAGAUCAGGUUUCAGAGUGUUGAGUAUGUCGGGACGGUGAGGAAAGCUGUGAAGAGAGCUGGCUCUCAGUUCGAAGACACACUGAAGAGUGAAUUGAAGAGGUUGUGUGAGGCUGAGCUCAAGGUUAUUCAGCAGUGGUCAGUGGAUGUAACUCUGGACCCUGAUACAGCUCAUCCCAAUCUCACUCUCUCUGAAGAUGUGAAACAACUUAGACAUCCCGGUAGACGACAAAACUACCCUGGCAAUCCAGAGAGGUUCUUCUACAUUGCCAGCAUCCUGGGAAAGGAGGGCUUCUCCUCAGGGAGAUUCUACUAUGAGGUGCAGGUGAAGGGAAAUACUCUCUGGAGUGUAGGAGUGGCCAGAGAGUCCAUUAACAGAAAGAUUCAUGCAGCAAAGCCUGAGAAUGGACUCUGGACUAUCCAGCUGGGGAAAGGGAACAUCUACAAGGCCUGCACCACUGACCCUACCCCCCUCUCCCUGAGUGAGAAGCCCCAGAAGGUGGGGGUCUAUGUGGACUAUGAAGACGGUGAGGUCUCCUUGUACAAUGCCCAGGCCAGGUCUCAUAUCUACUCAUUCACUGAUUGUUCCUUCACUGAGAAACUUUACCCAUACUUCAACCUUGGUGUUUGUGGCAUUGACAAAAUGUCAGCACCUUUGAUCAUCUCUCAUGUGAGCAAAUCAGAUUGAGAUUUCACUCGUAUCGUUGACAUUCUAAAGAAAACACAACAUUCCAUGUAUUGAUUUAUAUUGAAUAUUUAGAGAGGUAUAUAUUGUAUCUUGCCAGGAAAUCUAGAAUCACAUUUGCUGGGCUGUAUUGUGAUGUCCUUCACGAUUGUAUGAUGACAUACUGAAAAUGUAGCUCCUUACUAAUCCUGCCCCAAUAUGUCUCUGUAUCUAAUUUAUGUGAAAAUAUUAAAUUGAAUCCUCUUUGCAUUAAAAUGAUCUGAAAUGUGCACACUGCUUUUCAAUGGCUUUGUUAUUUGAUCAGGUCCUCAGUAAAUCUUCUGGGCUACAACACAAUAACAGCUUUGUGAACUCCUACAUAAUAUGAACAGGAAGUGUGAAUGUAUUAGAAUACAUGGCAACCAUAAUACAUGGUUCAGCUGAGAGAGUCCUGUCAUGUUAAGGGUUAAUUCAGCCAUGUACUGUACCUUUAAGAGCAGCUGCAUUGCAACUUAGCAGUAAGGGACCUGGACAAGCCAUGGUAAUGUCACGUUGUAAAGUGAGACUAAACUAGAGAACUUUGUGCUUUAGCAUAACAAAAUUCCCUCACAAAUCUCUCAACACAGCCUAAUAAGGUACAAAAUAUACCGUCUUUGACAUUGCUGUUCUUCUGAAUACACACAGAGACCCGGACAUGGCUUCUGCCAGCAGCCUGCUGUCCGAGGAACAGUUCCUGUGCCCCAUCUGUCUAGACGUGUUCACCAGCCCAAUCACCACCCCGUGUGGACACAACUUCUGCAAGGACUGCAUACAUGGGUACUGGCAUACCACCAGCCCAUGCCAGUGUCCCAUGUGUAAGCAGAAAUUCGGCAGAAGACCUGAGCUCAAAGUCAAUACUUUCAUAGCUGAGAUGGCCGAUCAGUUCAGAAGGUCAGUUGAAAUUAGGGCUACUGCUACUAGUACCCAGGACCAACCCUUGGCCCAAGCCCAACCCCAAGCAGCCCAAUCUGGAGAAGUGCCCUGUGACGUCUGCACUGGGAGGAAAGUCAAGGCCUUGAAGUCCUGCCUGGAGUGCCUGGCCUCUUACUGUGAGACUCACCUGGAGCCUCACCAGAUACUGGCCACCUUCAAGAAACACAAUCUGAUUGAGCCUGUGAUUAACAUGGAGGACAGAGUGUGUAAGCGGCACCAGAAGCUUCUGGAGCUGUUCUGUAGAAGUGACCAGACGUACGUGUGUCAGGUCUGCACUGAGAAAAGACACAAGAAACACAAUGUUGUCCCUUUGGAGGAAGAAAGCAGAGAGAGGAGGGCUCAGCUGGGGAAUAUGGAAGAUGUAAUGCAGCAGAUGAUUCAUGGUCGACUGCAGAAAGUGAAGGAGGUCAAACACACAGUACAAUCAGGCAGAAUAAAUGCAGAGAGAGAGAUUAGAGAGAGCUUGCAGGUCUUCACUGCUCUGAUGCACUCCAUUCAGAGAAGCCAGGCUGAGCUCAUUGAGGUGAUUGAGGAAAAGCAGAAAGCAGCAGAGAGGCGGGCUGAGGGGCUCAUUAAAGAGCUGGAGCAGGAAAUCACAGAGCUAAAGAGGAGAAACACUGAGGUGAAGCAGCUCUCACGCACUGAGGACCACCUCCACCUCAUCCAUAGCUUCCCAUCCCUGUUCAACCCUCCACCCGCCAAGGACUUGUCCGAAAUCAGUGUUCAAAGUGUUGUGUACGUAGGAACAGUGAGGAGAGCUGUGAGGAGAGCUGGAUCCCAGUUUGAGGAGACACUGAAGAAUGAAGUGAAAAGAUUAUGUGAAACAGAACUUACAAGAACUCAGCAGUGUGCCGUGGAUGUGACCCUUGACCCUGAUACAGCUCACCCCAAACUUAUCCUCUCUGACAACGGUAAACAAGUGGCCCACGGCAACACAGCGCUGAACCUCCCUGACAACCCAGAGAGGUUUUACCCUGGUAUCAGUGUCCUGGGGAGGGAGGGCUUCUCCUCAGGGAGGUUCUACUACGAGGUGCAGGUGAAGGGGAAGACAGAGUGGGACAUAGGAGUGGGGAGAGAGUCUGUCAACAAGAAAGGAGGGAAUACCCUAAACCCUGAGCAUGGCUACUGGACAGUAGGCCUGAGGAACAGGACUGAGUACUGGGCUCUGACGACCCCCCCUGUCCCCCUGCCACUGGUCGAGAAGCCCCAGAGGGUUGGGGUGUACGUGGACUGGGAAGGGGGGCAGGUGUCCUUUUACGAUGUGGAUUCCAGGUCUCAUAUCUACUCAUUCACCGGUUACAUCUUCGCAGAGAGACUCUAUGCAUACUUCAACCCCCGAAAGAAUAACGGUGGGGUCAACUCAGCACCAUUGGUGAUCUGCCCUAUGGGAGUGGAGCUGCAGAGGCGGUCUCUCUCUCCAGUGCUCUGUGCAGUGGUCUGGACCAUGCUCUCCUGUGGCAUCCUGCUGGCAUUCUGCUUCCUGCUCUUUACCCUGCGCUUCAAGAACAACAGGAUAGUGAAGAUGUCUAGUCCUAACCUCAAUGUGCUGACUCUGUGUGGGAGUGUCCUCACCUACAGCAGUGGAUUCCUAUUCGCUUUUGAGGAACGCACCUACCUACAAGGGGGAGGAGCGAGAGCUAUACUACAGGCCAGGAUCUGGAUGUUUUGUAUCGGCAGCACUCUGGUAUUUGGGCCCAUCCUGGGGAAAACAUGGCGGCUCUACAGAGUAUUCACCCAACGCGUGCCUGACAAGAGAGUGAUCAUCAGAGACAUCCAGUUGAUGGGCUUGGUAGCUCUGUUGAUUCUGAUGGACCUGAUGGUUCUGACCGCCUGGAGUCUAACCGACCCGGUCAAAUGUGCACGGUCCAUUGGGGCUAUGGUCAAGGUGGUGGAGAGGGAAUUGUCCUACUCUCUGUCUCAGCUGGACUCCUGUUCCUCUCUCUAUUCAGACCUGUGGGUUAUCCUCCUCGCUCUGAUGAAGGGUAGCAUGCUCCUGUAUGGGACCUACCUGGCCGGUCUGACCAGCAACGUCAGCCUCCCUCCGGUCAACCAGUCCCCCACCAUCAUGACCGCGGUCAGCCUGGUCACCCUUUCCACGGCGGUUGCAGUCCCUGUGUCGCGGUUCCUGCAGGCCUGGCCUAACGUGGUCUAUAGCGUGGUGGCUGGAGCCAUCUUCAUCUGUACCCUUGCCACCAACUGUAUGCUGUUUGUACCUCAGUUAACCCAGUGGCGUCGGUUUGAGGAGGAGCACAACAACCUUAGCCAGAUGGCGAAGUACUUCAGGAGCCCCAGUAAGAGUGUCCACUCUGUCUACAGCCAGGAUGAAGUCUACUAUCUACUGGGGGAGAACAACUCUAUGAAGAGGCUCCUCAAUGAGAAGAAUGCUGUGAUUGAUAGUCUGCAAGAGCAGGUGAACAAUGCCAAAGACAAGCUACUGCGCCUCAUGUCCAUUACCCACCCCCGCGAGGACCAGGAAAUGGACUCUUCCACCACCAACCUCCACUCCUCCUCCACCCAGACCACAGUGGUGCAGUCCGACUGCUCUCCAACUCCCCUGCCACACAGGGACGUAGCAGAACCUACCCUCUCUUCUCCUCCCUUCUCGCCACCUCCUCUGUCUGCUCCUCCCACUACAUCUGCUCUCUGUAAACCUCCUUCUGAAUCACCCUCUGCUCCUCUCUCUACUCCUCCCCCUCCUGCCUUAUCUCUUCCCCCAGGGGAUUGUGUGAGUGUUAAACCGUGGAGUGUAGAGUUUGGCCCAUACAUCCAGGGUGCAGGGAUAAAGACAGAGGCAGGGGGGUGUAAGGUUGAGGGGACUGGGUCCCAGCAGCAGUAUGGAGGGGAAAGGUCUCACCUCCCAGUCUCCCCUCAGCCCUCUGUUUCUUCCAAGACAGGAGUCAGAACACCAGGGGAGAUGGCAGGGACACAAACCACACCCUCCUGUCAGUCAAACAAUGUCACUUCCUCUUCCCAUCUCUCCCCGGUGGGUUUGGCCCCUGUUCAGUCGGCACCCUCGGGUUGGCAUGGCGGUACCGCUUCGCCGUGGAUGGCAGGCGGCAGGCAGGCAGGGUUUGUGAGCAGUGAGCAGCUGCAGGAGAUACUCCAGGAACUGAGCGUGGACGCUGUCAUGGAAACGGCCCUCCGCUCGCCCAAUCACAGCAGGGGGGUCAGGAGACCCUCUCAGCCCUCCUCGACCGAUCCCUCUGUCCUCUCUCCUCUCUCCCUCUGCACUCCGCGUUCCCCCAAUCCCCCUCUCCUCUUCCACUACCCCAGUAUCUCCCCCUACGUGAUGAGGAAACGCAGACCUCCAUUCCAUUCCCCCAGAGGGGGGCCUCCGCCCUGUUACUACCCAGGCUCCGAGCCUCCUGGCUGGGGAAGGAGGAGGGACGUGUGGCCCUCACAACCAGACAAGCACCCCUCAAAAACACAACCUCCUCUCGAUCCUGUCGCCACAGAGACCAAUCCUCUCCGCCCCGACGAAAGUAAUGGAGAAGAAGGGGAAGAGGCGUGGCAUAGGGUAACAAACAGGUGCGGGAGGCGUGGCUCAAGGCGGGAGCACCGGCCACCACCCCCUCGAAAAUGCCCUCCAGACGGUGAGAGGGGUGGCGAGGGAGGGCCAGACAGAGACCAUAGCAGGGACUCGUAUGGUUACUGGGACUCAGACUCCAGCAGCUCGGCUGACUACUGCUACUACCAUCGUCCCUACUGCGACGCCUGCUUGCAACACAACUCCUACCCCUCCAACGACAGCUCCUCCUCAGACUCCUCGGACAGUGAGUAUGGCGGCUUCACCAGCCUCUGCCGCUCCACACACCCGGUGGUCAACUUCAAGGAGGACCUCAAACCCACCUUCGUAUGAGCCUGUCUGGAACCUAGACUGAACCGGUGCUGCGGAAGAAUCAUUCAAGUCAAACUGUGUUGUAAUUUACUUUCAAUGGCCAGUUCACGGCAGAACAAUUGAGUUUACACACUGUUGUAACACUAUUGAGAAGUGGUAAAUUGAGCGUGAACUAAUGUAAAUGCUUGAAAAGCUUGCCUUGUACCCAUCCAAGAUGGCUAAUUGGAAGGCAAAACAUCUGAUUUUGCAUUCAAUGGUAAUGUAUCUUCCUUAUCUAUGUGUGGAGUACGAGUACCCUAGCAACACAUUACCUCACAGCAUUCACAUUACAGGCUUUUUAAUUGGUUGCAAGUGCUUUAGAAAUAGGACCAAGAUGGAGUGUGUUGUUCAAUGGGUCGAGUUUGCUGUAUGAUGUUUGGGAUCUGAUUUUAAUUUAUUGACUUUGUCUUUAACUUAUUGCACUGACUGCCAUUGUCUCUAUGUCAUGUUAAAUAAAAUAUAUAUUUGUAGCUAAAUAAGAUAUAAUAUAGAUUGUUGCAUGUUACAAAAAAGCACUGGAUUUUAUUGAUCUGUUACCACCUCUUUUAAUCCCCCAUACCUUGUAUGCAUUUAAUAGAGCUCCCCAGGGAUGGAGUGCAGGUUCACCAUGGUAAAGAAUAUUAUUGUAACCAAUUUGAAUGAGUUUUUAUGAUUUUGUUUACCUUUUUAUACAUCAAAAUCCCUCAAUGCA